GCGCUGAUAACCACGUGAUGAAGACUCCAUAUAUAAACUAGGUUCUUCCGUUCAGCGUGCGCGGUUUUGUUUAUUUGUGGAAGCAUGAUAGAGUGUCACAAUUUUAUACAUAAACAAGUUUUGGGAAAUAGCGUAAAAUACCAGGUUACCAAUUGGAGACCUGAAUCAAAAAGUUUUUAAAGAGAUAACAUUGGCAGGAAAAUCAUGUUUCAAGAUAUGAUUUUGCUGUAGGAAAAAUGUCAUGGGUGACAUGGAUUCAAAAGAACAAGAUAAUAUGAAUCGUGUGAAUGACGAAAAAGGUUUGGAAAAUAUAAGAAAUGCUGAAGUUUCAAAAGAUGAUGUCAAUAAUGACAAAAUGGAAACUAAAAGGAAUAAUUCAUUAGUUGUUGGUCCAAAUGAAAAGGAUCAAGAUGAAAGUAAUUUGGUGAUCGACCUAGAUCAGUCAACGAACAAAUCACAGCAGGCUGCAAAAGAAAAGAAGAUCGAAAAUGUUAUAAUUGAUAGAAAUUUAUGGGAUUCAACCCUUGACGAAUUAUUCAAAGCACAACCUACCACGACAGUUGAUUCAUCAGUACAAAAUGAAAAAAGUGAAGAUAAGAAGACCCCUAAUGAUUCUGUGAACGAGUCAGUAUGUGGAACACAAUACAAAACAAGACGUGAAAAAGAAAAUGAUGCAAAUGAAAAAGAGCUUGUAUCUAUAAAUGAAGAAGUAGAACAUGUUGAAAAAACAAAGACAGUAGAAGGUAAAAAAGACAACCCACAUACAAUAGAACAUGUCGUAUAUCUAGACGGCAUUGAGAUGAAAAAACAGGACAAAGCAAAAAUUGUUGACCAGCAAAAUGAAUGUGAAACGACAAAUGCUGAAAUAGAUAACAAAUUUACAAUGGAAAUGGAUGAAACUGACGGUAAUAUCGAGGCCACUGUGAAUGUCAAACAAAGUUAUAAAUCAGUUGGGGAAACUGACCCGAUUCCAGUAGAAGAUGUAGAGAAUGGCGUUAAUUUUGAACAAACCACUGGAAAACAAGGUCUUAAAAUUGUAGAGACAAACAAGAGUAUACACGUGUUGUCCAAAUCAGAUGAAAUAAACAAAUCUGAAAUGAAUUGUGAUGGAGGAAGCAAAGAAAGUAAACAAGUACCAGAAAAAAAGAGAUGUAUACUUUCAAAUGGUGAAAUAUCUGGUAACAGCAGUGAUUCUUUUAAUACGACGAGAAAAGAAUGGAAUCACCAGUGUGUUGAACAAAAAGUACUCGAAAGUAAAUCGAAUUAUCUUUGUAAACAGUGUGGAAAAUGCCAGUGUGUAUGUUCAGAAGUACCCAAUAAUACACCUCAAGCUGCAGACAAAAAACAGGGACAGAAAAUAUCAAGUGUUGCAAAUGCAGCAGCCAAGCAGCAACAAGCUUCCGCAGCUUGGUCACGUCUAGGUGUAUUAAGAUGUGAACAUUGUAAAUUUACAACCGAUGAUGUAUCAUUGAUUGAUUCCCACAAUGUUAUAUGUUCCAAAAAGUCAGUUAAAACUAAAGUAAUGCUUUCAUAUUCGGGUGAAAGGUUUAAUUGCCAAACAUGUGGAUACCCAACAUCCUCACGAAAGAAAUUUGAGGAACAUAUUGCACUUCAUCUUAUGAUUCGACCAUACAUAUGCAUGACUUGUGACAUAACAUUUGAAUCGAAAAAAGAAAUAGAAUUCCAUGUAAAAAUGAAACAUGCAAAUGACGCUGUAAAAUGUGGACUGAAAGGUUCAAAAAGAAUUGGACAAAUAAUUGACUCCUUGAUAAAUUCACAAAAACACGAAUUUCUUGGUCGAACCGUUGAUAAAAGAAUGGUGCAAAGUUUUUUGGAAACCAGCAGACCAAAGGAGAAAAUAAACACUUCAGCUUGUGUUGUCCCGUCAUCUUUGCAGACAAAUGUAUCGGUUAACACCAGAGAGUCGGUUUCGAGUAACUUUAUACCAGUAUCGAAUGAUGCAGAUGUCAUUUUUGUUUCUUCAGCAUCAAGUGGAAUAACCACAACUUGUGUACCUAGUAAUUUACUGUCAAACCAAUCUGAAACAAAACUUGUAGGUCAAGCUGUACCUCUGACUACACAAAGACCACUUAUACUUGUACCAGUGAACAAUAUGAACACGAACAUGUUGGUACCAUUGUCAAAUGUUGUAUCUCAAACAAACAUUCAUAAUGUUAACACAGCUUCGUCUCAAUCAGGAGUGUCUGUCUCGACAUUGUCUGGCAGCAACCAGUUCAUCAAUCUUGCACCAAUGCAAUUUGCAUCGCAGAAUAUCUCUAUUUCAGGAAAUGCAGUGAACACAAACACUGUCCAGAGGCUUCAAGGGAAUACAAUUCAAACAACGACAUUGCAAGGAAUUAAUAGUAAUACAGUACUACCCAAUGUGUUGCAGGGUAUUCCAGGAAGUGCCAUACAGGUGAAUAAUAUGCGUACAAUUCAAGGAAAGGCAUUUCAAACAAAUACUUUCCAAGGAGUUCAGGGAAAUGCAUCACCGAUGUCUGGACUUUCUCAAAAUGUGAAUUUCCAAAAUAAUGCAACACGCUUUGUUUUACUUCCACAGACAACAAUAACUCCUGUCGCACGUUCACAAGCUCCCUCAACAAACCAACAAAAUAAGUCAAUUACAAACAUUUCAGGUGUUAUACUUAACCACGCUCCAUUGAUGUCUUUGAUUAACCCAACAGUAGUUCAGACUCCAAAUUUGAAUACGUAUACAGUUACACCAGGACAGACAAAUACAGCAACGUCCAUUUCGAAGGAAUCCUCACUGUCUGCUCAAAAUAUAAAUUGUGUUGUACCGGCAACAAAAACGUCUACAGAGGUCAUGGCUAAGACGGACAAAAGUACUUCUGAAGAAAUGAAAUCUUCCAUGGUUGAAACUAAUGGAAACAAACUGUAUUUCAGGAAAUAUGGAGAAUUGUAUAUGUGUGAUUAUUGUAAAAGUGAGACACCUCUUGAGGAUUCAUUCAAAGAGCACAUCUGGAAACAUUUUCAUCAGAUGCAAAAAAUAUGCAAAGAUUGUCCACCGACUUACAAUGUAUCUGCUCAAUGUAAGAUUGUUCUGAAAGUAAUGAUUGGACUGCUUAGUUCUUCAACAGGAUCACAACUUUCGAUAAAAGAUAAAUCACAAUUGUCACCACCCAAAGAAGUGGUUACAAUAUCUGAUGAUGAGGACGUUGGAGAAGGUAAAAUGAAAGUAGACAAAGAUAAGAAAGAGCUAAAUGUUGAUGUCCGUCCAACGAAAGAGAAAAGAUCUGACACAGUGAAAAUUGAUUCUGCAUCAGAACCUAGUGGAGAAGAAGGGCUUCAAUUGAAAAUAACAAGUACAUUUAGUCUAAGUGAUACAGGCAAGUCAACUAAGAAAACAGAAUCCAUUCCCCCAAAACAACACGAAGAAGGCAUGGAAGACUUUGAAAAGAAUGACACAAAUAGCAGAAAGUCAAUUAAUCCAUAUAAUGAUCAAGCAGCACCACCGACAAUACCGGAAGAUUCAAGUAAGAUGGAAAAGGCGCUAGAAACAAUCAGUUUAGAUUCAGAUGACAGUAAUUCAAGUGACGCCUAUAAAAGUAAAACACGGAUAGUGGAAAACGAUUUCAACGUUGAAGAAGGUGAAAAAAGCUUUAAUAAAACACAUGAUAAUGAGAAAAACAUCUUAAAAGAAAAUGAAAUGCUUAUUGAAGAAAGUCCAUCACAGUCAAGUACAAAUGGAACCGAGGAUGACAUUUUGAGAGAAACUAGAACGGUCAGUAGUAAUAAUGAAGAAAUCGAAAGUGUAGGACAAUCACUGCAAAUACGAGAUAUAAAGGCUGUAGCAGCCAAUAUUAAGGAAGAAAUUGUUAAUACACAUCAGGACUCGUCGCAAUUACUGUUCAGCAAAGUAAAGACGGAAGAUGCACUUGCUAGCACUUGUGAUAUUGAUAAAAAGCCAAUAGCAUUUCCUUUGGUUGCAUUCUAUAAAUGUGGCUUUGAAAACUGCACCUUUGAAACAACCACUUCCCAAGAAUUUCGAGAACAUCUCGGUCAAUCUCAUGGAGAUGCUGUAGAAUACAAAUGUGCUCAUUGCGGACAGAAAAGUUUUACUGAAGACUCUCAUAUUAGACAUUUACUUUUUCAUUCAAAACCACAGAACUCACUGCUUUUUCAGUGUGGGGUUAUUGGAUGUCGAUUUCGAGCUAAUUUAUUGCACCAUUAUAAAGAUCAUUUGGAACUGUCUCAUCAGAACGUACUGCUACACAGAUGCCAUUCCUGCAAAGAAGGUUAUACCUCUGUAGAUCUACUAAUAGAACACUUGCAAAGUAAUCUUCUGAAAUUUGUACAGUGUCCAUACUGCACAAUGAAAGAUGGAAUAAGAAGAAAUGUUUUAAAUCACAUAACUGCUUUUCAUCCAGGAAAACCAAGACAAAUUAAUGUCACAAGUCAACUUGUUUGUCAAGAGCGUGAAACAAACGAAUUUGAAAAAGCAAAGUCCAAAUUAACACAAGAUCCUUCUACUUCUACAUUAGCGAAUCAGCAAAAGAAGUCCAGUCGAAUUGAACCACUUAAACAGGGAAAUAACCGAGGCAUUGACGAAAGUUCCAAAAUGACAGAUAUAAUUGAGAAUAAUCCAGAAGAUACAGAAAUGAUAAACAAGAUAACAUCGAAUCCAUCUAUAAUGGGAGCAACGUACUAUAGAUGUAAUUCGUGCACAUACAUAGGAAUUGGUCAAAAUAAACUAAUGAAACAUAUGGAGAUGCAUACAUCAGCUUUUAUUCAAUCCGUUCAGAGGCCAUUUAUUUGUCCAGAUUGCCCUCAAGCUGUUAAUACAUUACAGCAAUUCAUAUCUCAUUUGAAUUUACACGUCGGGGAUCACUUGUGCUAUAUCUACAUUUGUCAGCAUUGUGGAUUUGGAACAAACCUUAGUAACAAAAUAAAUCAGCAUACUACAGAUUCUCAUGGCCCAAUUUCAGAAGGAAAAGAUUAUACACAGAGAACAAUAAGAUUCUCUGUAACAACGAAAGUUUGUGCAAAAUGUAACGCUGCUUUCAAAACAUCACAAGCUCACAGAGACCACGUGCUGAAAUCACAUGGCAUAACAACUAAUGAAAUUUCUGGAAAAGAUGAUUUAGAAACUGAGCAAUGUGGGCAAAAUAUUGCAUCUGCCAAUAACAAAAUUUCAAAAGAAAAUGAUGAUGAAUCGAAUCCAAGACGAUUUACCUGCAAUGAAUGUGGAUGGGCUUCCAAAAAGCUUCCCUACUUAAAGUCGCACAUGAGAAAACAUUAUCCCGGACAAGAUAGAUGUCAGAUAACUUUAUUUAAAUGCAAUUACUGUGAUUUUACCUCUACUUCUAAGUUAAUCAUCAGUGCACACUCUCAGAAAAAACAUCCAGGGAAAAUCGUGAGACCUAGACGUGUAAUGGAAACUGUAUAUAUAACGGAUUCAAUAGAAGACGAUAUGUCUAUAGACAAGUUUCAUUGUGAUUUGUGUACUUUUAGUUCAGAAAAAGUUUCUGGUCUUCAAAAUCAUCUUCUUAGUUCUCAUUCAGGCGCUAAAAACAAAGCAAAAGAUGUUUAUUCAGGACCAAAGCAGGAAUUUUUAAUUCCUAGUGGAACUGUUUUUAAAGAGUUUAUCCAGUGCCCACUUUGUAUUUUUAAAACGAAGAAAAGAAUUGAGUUACUUAGACAUAUCAAAAGUCAUCCAUCUUUAGAACCUAAGACAGAAUCGGCCACAGAAGUUCAAGUUAGCGAUAGGGUGCAAAAUCCACUUUUUUUCAAACUAGGAGGAAAAAGAAGAAUUAGCUCAGAUUUGAACCCUGUAGUAAAGAAACCUCGACCAGUUUCACCAACAAUAUCCUACGAUCGGAUAAUGAUGGAUAGUGCAAAACGAGACACAGGAUACCGUAAACAAGUUGCAACAAAAUCAACAACUAAUCGACCUUCUAUUGGUGUGAAAUCUAUGUUGUACUACCUUGGUGGAGAACAGCUGCACAUGAAGCUGAAACCUUGUUUUUCAGAAUUUAAGCAAUCUCCACAUUUUACAUGCUUGAUAUGCAGUGAAGUUGUUGAUGAUAAGUACAAAUUACACAAGCAUGUUUUGCAGCAUAUGAACGUAUACUUCUACAAGUGUGCAUACUGUGACCAUGGGACAUUGGAUCAAACAACCAUUAUGGUACACAUACAGAGAGAACAUAGAAGAGCAAUUCAGUACAGUAAACUAGACGUGGAAGAAAUUGACAGCCAUAUAAACAAAGCUAUUCAUGGUAUGAAAUCUCAGGUUGGUUCUGGACAAGAAAAUAUUGUUUUUGAAGAGAUGCAUAAGGAUACAAAAUCUGAAAAACUUAAUACAACUGACGAAAAAGAUGUGAACAAAGUACUUGAAAAUGAAACAGUUAUCGAGGUAAAAAGUAAAAAUGACGAAGAGAUAACAGUUGAAACUCCAAAGAAAGAACGAUUUACACAUGACAAAAAAUGCAAUCAAGAAUCAACGGAGAUGGGGUCACCAAAAUCGGAUACACCAUUAAUAAAACAUGAUAUGGAGUCACCUUUACUUAAAGAAGGACCGUUUCAAUCAGAAAAGGCAAAAACAUCUCCAAUGAGGUCAACAUCAUCAAAACUUGAAAAAAUAUUUCCAAUAAAGUCAGCAUCAUCAAAUCUUGAAAAAAUAUUUCCAAUAAAGUCAUCAUCGUCAAAUCUUGAAAAAAUAUCUCCAAUAAAGUCAGAAUCGUCAAAUCUUGAAAAAAUAUCUCCAAUAAAGUCAGCAUCGUCAAAUCUUGAAAAAAAAUCACCUCAAAAACCGCAGAUAUCGGCUCAAAAAUCUUUGAAAAGGGAAUGCACUUUUCAACACUGGGGAAAUGUUAGCGAUACUACAAAGGAAGAACCAGAAAGAAAUGAAAAUGAAAGGGAGGAUGAUGAUACAGUCAGAGAGGAGAUGGAAAUACUUCAUCCAAGAAUUAAAAGGGAAAGAAACUAUUAUGUCUGUACAAUUUGUGCAUUGAAGCUGACACAAAAGAGUGCUGCAAAUAAACAUAUAUGGACGCAUUCAUCAGUCAGACGAUUUAUGUGUUCAAUUUGCAAGCAUUUAUCAAGGUGGCGUGGUGAUAUAACAAAACAUAUGGAUCAAAAGCAUAAAUCAGAAAAGGCAGAAUGUUUAUGGGAUGAUAUAACCCCGUGUGACAUCACUGAGGAUGGUUUGCCCUACAAUGCUUUAGCAAAAGUAAAGUUUCUUUCAACAUUCAAUACAAUUAAAUCUGAGACAUUAAAUAGUGAGCAAAAACUUGAAAGUGAUAUUUCAGAUAUAAAGAUUAGCAGUCCGAUAAAACGACCACUUAAAAUAAAAUUAAGUGUCUCAAAAAUUGAAGAUAAAAAGCAGGUUGAUGAACAAAGGGAAUUUAAAAAACUUUACAAGUGCCUGAUAUGUAAAAAGACCUUCAAGUCGAAAUAUGCUAUCUAUGGGCAUUUUCGUGUUGAAUGUAAAAGACCAAUGUUUGGUUGUCCUUCUUGCAAAUUCAAAGACCCUGACGAAAAGACGGUUAAAAAGCACACAAAGACCAAGCAUGGAGUAAGCAAUGGUGAAAUAACAAUCAAAACAAGAAAUGAUAAAAUAAGAAUGUAUAAAGUACGCUGUGGCGAAAGUGGGAUCAAAAGUGAAGACAACAAAAAACAAUUAUCGGGGGGCAUAGCAUUCAAGUGUAAAGCAUGUAAAAGAACAUUCAAGAAUAGAAAUGCGUGUAUGUAUCAUGCAAUAUCAGCAUUGUGUAACAAAAUGUUGAAAGGUUGUUCACAUUGUGAUUAUAAAGAUAUGUCAACUGAUAAUGUAGAGUCGCACAUAAAGAAAGUCCACAAAGAAAAGAAUGUAAAGGUUAUGGAACUACCAAUGGAAGCUAAAGUAGAAAUGAUUAGCACACCACCAUCGACGAAGAUGAAUGUUACUAACUCUGGAACAAUAGCAUUUUUCAAGAAGGGAACCAGUGGUUACACUUGCCGAUUGUGCGAUUUUAAAUGUAAGAACUCCACAGCAGUUAUCAAACAUCAGAAUAUGCACAAUGCCUCUCCAAAGUAUGGAUGUCCAUACUGCGACAUGAAAUCUAACUGGUCUAAAAGCGUAAAAAAUCAUGUCAGCCUAAGGCAUCCAGAACAGGAACAAAUAGUACAAAGUUUAAAUCAGAAUACCGGGCAGACCAGUUUGAAAGAUAAAUCAACGGACAUCACAAGUACAGUAUCAAAAACAACAGAAGAUGAUAAAGGAAAUAAGUGCAUAAUGCACAAAUGUCUUCAGUGCAACUACAGAUGUGGAACUUACUCUGGUGUUUCACGACACAUAAAAAGAAAUGAAAGUUGCAAUGUUCCACGCUUUAAAUGCAUUGAUUGUCACAAGUUCACUAGUUUAAAUGAAAUCGAAGUAAAGGAGCAUAUGCGUACUGCUCAUAAUUCUAAGAAAACUCCAGGAAUAUGUUCUUUAAAAGAAAUGACAAAGAUGAUAAUUGUGAGGAAAAACUCAUCAACCAGAACACCGGCUCUUUCUGAAAAAGAUUCUUCUACAGAUAAAUCCAGAAUUGCUGAUAAGUUUUCUGGAAUGAAAGACAUUGAAACCAAGGUAAUAAAGUGUCCUGUACUUAGCUGUAACUGUAAGGACAAAAUCAUAAAAGUCAUUGAACACUACAGGAGAGAACAUCCUUCAAAAGUCAUGAAGUGUAAAAUGUGUACCAUGUCCAGUAAAUCGUUAGGAACUAUGUUUAAGCACUUUCAAGAAUUUCAUAAACUAGAAGAAUAUUUUUCAACAAACUUUCUCACGUGUUCUGGAACUAGAGAUGAAAUAAAAUCGAAAAGUAUGAAAAAUGACAUUCUAACCAAUGAUAAUAUACGAGAGCAGGAAGUAAAGACGAACGCUCAUAAACUUUAUCACUGUGAUAGAUGUGAAUUUGUAUCCAAAGCGAAAAACUCAACAAGACGUCAUAUCUACAGACAUAUGAAUUAUAAGAGAUACCUUUGUAGGCUUUGCAAAGCUGAGUUUCUCGAUAGAAGUGCUUGUGAAAACCACAUGGCAAUCCAUAAUACCGAAUCAGAAGAAUUUGAUAAAAUAACAAAUGAAAGGCUAGAAAAAGAAGUGGAAGGCAUAUUGGAAAAUAAUAUGGUGUUGGGAUCAAAAGAGUCUGAUAAUUCAAAUUCUAUUGAGAGAGUAAAAUCGAAAAAGAAAGAAGAUAACUCGGAAACAAUCUCAGAAACAAAAUCUAAGACCAAGCAAAAUAUGAAAUCUGACUUCAAGAACAAGAACGAAGUUAUUAAAGGUUGCAAAGGUGCUAUUAGCAAUAAAGUUGAGAAGAAAAGAACCUCAGAUAUUCAAAAGGUUGAUUUCACAAAUUUAAGUGCAGAUGCUUUUAAUCAAGCCAACUUCAUUAGGGAGGAGCGAAACAAAAACACGCAAGAAAUUGAGUUUUUGUGUACCAAAUGCCCAUACAAGUCAAUAGCUAAACAUUGUGCCUUGUGUCAUACCUACAGACAUAUGCCAAAGUGUAUGAAGUGUCCAUAUUGCAAUUUCCAGAGCUAUCCAAGGUCGGAUAUUACUAGGCACGUGAGAAAUACGCAUGCAGAUAAAGCUGUUCAUGUUAUUGAUUUACGCCACCAGACAUUGGAUGGAAAAGAAAAACCAAGAUCCCCAGAUAAAAAACGGAAGAAAACAUUCCUCGACUUUGAUGCAGAAAUUUUCACAUCUGAAGGCUCAUCUGAUGAAGAAGAAGAGAAGAGACGAAAAAAGCCUUUACAGAAAACUUCUGGAGGAAGUGAGUCUCCUAAAACUGAUGAUAAAAUUAGGAAGAUCAUUUACUCGUGCAACUUGUGUGAUUACAGUACAGAUGUUCUGUACCUUUACCGACAGCACCUAACAUUCCAUCCGGGUUUCAAACAUCAAAUACAAGGAACAUCUUUAGAAUCGAAAAACAAAUGUGGAUAUUGUGGCUAUAUUGCGACCAAUAGCAAAGAAUUUGAUAAACACAUGGAAAGACACCUAAAUUCCCGACCGUAUAAUUGCCCCUAUUGUCAGUUUUCUCAGUAUAAUCAAGCUUCUGUUCGAUAUCAUAUCCAGAAUAAGCACCCUGGGGAAAAAGUAGAAGUUCUUAAAGACAGAUCAAGUAGCUGCCUUACUGGUGAUGGCAAGAUUCCAAAAGUCAUGCUUGUAAAUAUAGAACCAAAUAUUUUAUUAAGAGACAUAUUUACAAUGGAAUCUGAAUCAUUUGAAGAAUUGCUGAUCAAUGCCAAUGUUAGUGUAAUUGAUCUCCACAGUAUUCCAGACGAACAAUUUGGUAAUGUUUCUAAAUUGCUUGGAGUUAAUGGUGAUGAAGAUGAGUGGAAGCCAUCUCCACAGAAGAAACGUAAAGUGAUAGAAGAAACAGAGGAAAGUGAUGAAGAAGGAAGAGACCAUUCGGAUAUGGAAGUAGAUGCGCGUAAUUAUUGUGAUGCAUCUGACCACGAUACAAAUUCAACGAAUGAUGGAACUCAUAUUGCCGACGACGAAUCUCGUAAUGGCGAGGGAGAACAUAUUUCCGAGGAGAAAUAUAGAAACAAAGGAGACAAGUCAACUGACAAAAUUGUAAACGAGAAGAAAAAAUCAACUGAAAUGAAUACUCCCUCGACAACCAAUGUAUCUAGUACAGAAUAUGAAGAUAUCAGUGAUACAGAAAUGGACUCUGAAAAUGGUGCUAUUUUUAAAAUGAAUGAACAAAAGUUUUAUGUAAAAAGUGAACUUACAUAUGAGGAUAUUAGUGACACUGAUGACUUGUGAAUGAACAAAUAUUAUGUUAAUCUUGUUUUGUUAUGUAAAUACAUCGAGCAUAGUUAUGCUGCAUCAUAAAUAUCUAUCUAUUUCCCAGGGACUAUACAUUUUUGUAGUGCUACAAAACAAGUAUUGUAAUUUAAUAGAACCUCGUUGUACUUACAGAUAUGCUCAAUAUUUACUUUAGGUUGGUUUUUUAUUUAAUUUUGUACAAUUUUACACAAAUUUUACAAGAGGUUGAGAUCUUUUUUUUUUCAUAAUAAAAAUGUCUUAUAUCAUAAGCUUGAUAAGUGAGAUUACCACUCCAA